AUGGCCACCACUUCCACUACCGCUACUCCCUGCAAGCUAGCUCUUAUCCAGCUUGCAGUCACUGCUGACAAGCAAGCCAAUCUCGACAACGCUCGCACUCAUGUCCUCAAUGCAGCAUCCAAUGGAGCCAACCUCAUUGUCUUACCGGAAUGCUUCAACUCUCCGUAUGGAACCAAACAUUUUCCUCAAUAUGCUGAGAGCCUAAAGGAAGGACCUUCUGUCAAGGCAUUAUCCGCUAUGGCUAAGGAUGCGAAGGCAUAUCUGAUCGGGGGUUCGAUCCCGGAGCAUGAUCCUACGGAUGACAAGAUCUACAACACCUGCACCGUUUACAACCCUAAUGGAGAGAUUAUUGGAACACAUCGAAAAGUCCACCUGUUUGACAUCGAUGUCCCUGGGAAGAUUCGUUUCCAGGAGAGUGAAACCCUUUCUGCGGGCAAGCAGCUGACUCAUGUCGACACAGACUUUGGAAAGAUUGGCAUUGGUAUUUGCUAUGACAUUCGCUUCCCAGAACCAGCCAUGAUUGCUGCACGACAAGGCUGCUUCGCCAUGAUUUAUCCUGGUGCUUUCAAUAUGACCACAGGACCAUUGCACUGGGAGUUACUCCAACGUGCAAGAGCUGUCGAUAAUCAAAUAUUUGUUGCGGCAUGCUCUCCAGCCCGUGAUCUCUCUGCUGAUUAUCAUGCCUGGGGUCACUCUACCAUUGUGGGUCCCUCUGGAGAUGUACUUGAAACCAUGGAUGAAAAGCAGGGCAUCAUUUACGCUGACCUAGAUCUUAAGAAGAUGCACGAGUUCCGUCAGAGUAUCCCAUUGAUCACCCAGCGUAGAUUUGAUUUAUACGCUGAUGUGUCCAAGGUGAAGCCUUGA